AUGCUAACGGACAAGCACAAGGCGGAACGCUUGGGAUUUGUCAAGAGCUUCCUUCGGCGAGGCCAUGGCGACACGGUGCAUUGGCAUGAUAUGCUGGACACGGUACACAUAGAUGAGAAAUGGUUUUACAUUUCGAAGGUGAAUCGUCGCUACUACCUUUGGAACGAUGAGCCGGUGCCUAUGCGGAAGUGUCAGUCCAAGCGACACCUCAUGAAGGUCAUGUUUCUGACGGCUGUGGCGCGUCCAAGGUUCGACGCACAUCGAAGGAAGUCAUGGGAUGGAAAGAUCGGCACGUGGCCGUUCACGAUGGUUCGACCGGCGUUGCGGAACAGCAAAAACUUCAAGCGCGGGGAUGCCAUCACGGAGCCGGUCGUGGUCACCAAGGAAGUCUACCGCUCGUUCUUGGUUGACAAGGUGAUACCAGCGAUCAAGUCGCGUUGGCCUGGCCGUCGGUCCAAGACCAUUUGGGUGCAACAAGACAGCGCACGACCUCAUGUUGCUGUCGACGAUGCUCCUGUUCUUGCUGCUGGACAAUCCGAUGGAUGGGACAUCCGUCUCUGUGCCCAGCCAUCCCAAAGUCCUGACAUGAAUGUGUUGGACCUAGGACUUUUCAAUGCGAUCCAAAGUUUGCAACACCAUACAGCGAGUUACACGAUUGAAGAGCUCGUUCUGGCGGUCAGCAAGGCCUAUGACGACUUGGACCCCUUGGUCUUGGACAAGACAUUCAUGACUUUGCAAAAAGUGAUGGAGUGUGUGUUGAAGAUGGAUGGUGAUAAUGUGUACAAGAUACCUCAUGCAAACAAAGACAAGCUGCUCAAGAACGGUCCAUUGUGCCAACGUGUUCAAUGCGACGAGGAAACGUACGCUGCUAUUGAGGCGAUGGAAGAGCGAAUCGACUUUGUACAAAGCGUGGACAAUGUUAUUCAACAGUUCCAGUCGACAUGUGAAAUUCACGAUAGCAUGAUUUAG